AUGCGUGAUUCCAAUUAUAAAUCAGUAUCCAAUAACAAAGCAGCGGUUACCAUAACGACUAGUCUUUAUGACCGAAGAGCGUUGGAUGUGACGUCGGAUAAGCCUUUGGUCAAUUCCUUGAACCAUUUGACUUAUUUGGUAUCGUCUCUGGCCAAAGUGAGAGAAACAUUGUCUGUUGACGGGGGUAUAGAAAGACUUAUUGAAAUUUUGCAUGAGUGUCAUAACCUGACUUUUAACUUGAACGACAAUAUUUUCAACAGCGAGAAGAAGCUAUUAACUGCAUGGAAAUGGACAUUAGCAUUUCAAUGUUUGGUGUUGAUCGGUACAAGAGGAACAGAAAAAAUAAGACAAGGGUUAGUGAAGGCGGGCAUUUUACCUAUAAUCGCGACCGUUUUAGAUAACUAUCUAACUCUUCACGAAAGAACUUUCAUUCAUGCAAAUUCUAGACAAUCGGCAUCUUCAAAUGAUCUGCAGUCGCAGAACCCAACUCAACAGGCACAAACUAGCCAGCAGAGGCAACAAAUGCACCAAAUAAUGCAGACACAACAAAAUAAUGAUAUUGCACCCACUUCUGUUUUUGAUAACACUGUCUCUCCAUUAGCGACUGCUCCUGGUACUGCUGAUGGAAAUGACUCGUUUGUUGUCUUUAAUAGCACAAAUAAUAAUAACAAUCUUUUUGCAGGUGAUCUUCCCAGCCUUGAUCAAGAAACGAACAACGAUACAAACAAUAUCCUUGAUCAACUAGAUUCUUUUGCACAAGUACCAAUGUCUAUGUCAAAUGCACCUACACCGACUGCUGGAGCAAUUGAGACUAAUUCGAUCAACAAUCCAAACCAAUCAACAACUUUUUUCAACAACAUACAUUCUUAUAAUUUGACCAGUGAUGAUUAUGAUAAUCUAACUGUAGAUCAAUUGUUUAAGUUAAUACGUGUUCAUAAUUCUACUGCAACCAACAAAAUUAAUGAGACCUCAGUAAACAAUGAUUUACGAAGAAGGUAUUUAAUUAUCAAUAUAAUAAAGAAAUUAAGAGAAGAAAAGGAAGGAGAUAUUUUAGACGAUAGGUUUAUUGACGACUGUGAUUAUGAUAUGGAUAAUAGUUUACAAUUUUUGUCUGAUAUGUAUUUGCAGGAUGACAAAGCCACCCAAUUAGUUACUUUAACUAACUCUAAAAUUUCACCUCGAAACUUUACGGAGACGGGUGUAGUUAUUCCAAGAGAUGAUGAUAUUGUAUGGUCUUUACAGUUAUUGGCAUAUAUUUCGAAAUACCCGUACCUUAAAGAUGUGCUACAAAAUACACACCUUGUGAUUGACAUGAGUAUCAGGGAUAAGCAAUUGAAGCUAUAUAUUGAAAAGCAAUUGAAGUCUAAGUUAAAAAAGACAUUAGCACUUAAUUCUCGGCCAACAAUUAGACCUAAAUCAAGAAAGAACAAGGCACACUCACAAAACAAGGAUUCUGAUAUCGAAAGAUUCAAUCCUUCAGCUUCGAAUUCUCCACAGAUGCUAAAUGAUUUCAAUUCAAUUCAGAGCGAUGACUUGAUCCUCAGAGAUAAAUUUGAACUCUCAAAAGGAGAUGAAGAUAAAGAAAUUAAUAUCACAGAAAGCGCAGAAACUGAUGACUUCGAAGAUGAUGAAGAUGAUGAAGAAGAUGAUGAUAAUAAUAACAAUAAUGAUAACGUAAAUGAUAAAUUAAGAAGCCUGAUUUCUGAAGAUGACUGCGAAGAUGAACAUUACAUAGCCAAAUUAACCAAGGGAAAUGACAGCGUUGAGUAUCUUGGUCACCUAAGUCAUUUGUAUGGGUCUAUUUUAGAUGCUGAAUCGAUAAUAAAUGAUUUGGACCGAGAAAUAGCGUUAUUUUACAUUAGUGAAAGGAUUAAUCGAUAUAUUGAAGUUGAGUGCAAAAGUUUAAGUGAUACAAUCACUUCGAAACGACUUGAGCAGAAACUGUAUUUGACUUCCAAAUGGAAUUAUGAUACCUAUGAUAACUUUGAUAUUGAUGAUGAUUCUAAUUGCCAAAAGGAUUCAGAUUAUGAUGAAUCACUAGUUGAAUAUAAGAAGGUGAAUUUAUUCCCUAUGGUUGAAAAAUUUACAUUUUUGUCUGGUACAGAUAUGUAUUAUUGGUCAGGGGUCAUAAUGAGGAAUUCUUGUAGGAGAAGUGAAAUUAGGGGUGGUGUUAGGCAAUGCGGUAAUCUUGAAUGUGGUAAAUGGGAAAAAUACCCUAGAGAGUUUCUGAAAUGUCGAAGAUGUAAAAGAACUAAGUAUUGUUCGCGUGAAUGUCAAAUGCGAGCCUGGCAUUGCCAUAGAAAUUGGUGCAUACCAAGCAACUCAAGCUCUGGAAGUUCAAUUACUACAGGUACUAACAAUGUCAACACUUCUAGUCUGCAUGCAAAUAUAAAUCCAAAUGCCACUAGUAAUGAUGACCCCGGUUCUAUUCCGAAUACCCAGCAAUCUUCGUCACAAUCUCAAGAAGAAAGCUAA